AUGUCUUCUUCAUUGGAUAAGAACAGGAGGAAUGAUAUGUCCUUUACAUUAUAUAGACACAGAAUGAAUGACAUGUCCAUUACAUUAUAUAGACACAGACGGAAUGACAUAUCCAUUACUUUAAAUAAACACAGAAGGAAUGAUGUUUCCAUAACAUUUGAAAGACACAGAAGGAAUGACAUGUCCGUUACAUCAGAUAGACACAAAAGUAAUGACAUGUCCACUUCAUUAGAUAGACACACAAGAAAUGACAUGUCCACUUCAUUAGAUAGACACACAAGAAAUGACAUGUCCACUUCAUUAGAUAGACACACAAGAAAUGACAUGUCCAUUACAUUAGAUAGACACACAAGAAAUGACAUGUCCAUUACAUUAGAUAGACAUACACGUAAUGACAUGUCCACUUCAUUAGAUAAACACAGACGUAAUGACAUGUCCAUUACAUUAGAUAGACACACAAGAAAUGACAUGUCCAUUACAUUAGAUAGACACACACGUAAUGACAUGUCCACUACAUUAGAUAGACACAGAAGUAAUGACAUGUCCAUUACAUUAGAUAGACACAGACGUAAUGACAUGUCCACUUCAUUAGAUAGACACACAAGAAAUGACAUGUCCAUUACAUUAGAUAGACACACAAGAAAUGACAUGUCCAUUACAUUAGAUAGACACACAAGAAAUGACAUGUCCAUUACAUUAGAUAGACACACACGUAAUGACAUGUCCACUUCAUUAGAUAGACACAGAAGUAAUGACAUGUCCAUUACAUUAGAUAUACACACACGUAAUGACAUGUCCACUUCAUUAGAUAGACACAGAAGUAAUGACAUGUCCGCUACAAUAGAUAGACACAGAAGUAAUGGCAUGUCCACUUCAUUAGAUAGAUUCAUAAGGAAUGACAUGUCCAUUACAUUAGAUAGACACAGAAGUAAUGACAUGUCCAUUAAAUUACAUAGACACAGAAGUAAUGACAUGUCCAUUACAUUAGAUAGACACAGAAGUAAUGACAUGUCCGCUACAAUAGAUAGACACAGAAGUAAUGACAUGUCCACUUCAUUAGAUAGACACACAAGAAAUGACAUGUCCAUUACAUUAGAUAGACACAGAAGUAAUGACAUGUCCAUUAAAUUAGAUAGACACAGAAGUAAUGACAUGUCCAUUACAUUAGAUAGACACAGAAGUAAUGACAUGUCCAUUACAUUAGAUAGACACAGAAGUAAUGACAUGUCCACUUCAUUAGAUAGACACAGAAGUAAUGACAUGUCCGCUACAAUAGAUAGACACAGAAGUAAUGACAUGUCCACUUCAUUAGAUAGACACACAAGAAAUGACAUGUCCAUUACAUUAGAUAGACACAGAAGUAAUGACAUGUCCACUUCAUUAGAUAGACACAUAAGGAAUGACAUGUCCAUUACAUUAGAUAGACACACAAGAAAUGACAUGUCCAUUACAUUAGAUAGACACAUAAGGAAUGACAUGUCCAUUACAUGA